AUGUCGCUUCCAGUGUUCUCAACACAGUCGUAUUCCUCUGUCCCACAUCCGUUCACCCCCACCAUACCUCUCUAUUCCCGGACGGAAGAUUCGACCUGUGCGAAAAAACAUCUCGAGACAGUUUUGGAGGACCCGGAUCACCACUGGACCGCACCGUUCAGGGACGGUCUGCCUACUCCCCCAAACGAUAUGGCCGGUGUUGCGUAUAAUAGCAUUCCGCCCUCCGGCUAUGGCGGUAAAUUUGGAGUUACCCUUCCUCCCUACGCCAAAGCACCGAACUAUACGCGCAUGGCAGCGGACCACCACUCUGCUGCAUCUGUACCGCAGUCGAAGCCACCGAGUCAACCCUCGCUUCAAGACGCUCCGUCUUCUGAGCCAGCCAGCCAGAAGAAAGGAGGUUCUAAGUCUGUUGCUUCUUACUUGCAGAUACCAUCAUCUAUUAACAAUAGCAAGGGUAAUCUGGCCGAUUUUGCUGCUCAGAUGACAUGCUUGUUCUGGUUUGAAACUACAGCCAAGUUGAAUGAUAUCGAAGAAAAAAAGAACCCCCUUCUGUGCAUUGUUCCAGAAGCGAUCCCGUCCGCUGGUUUCCUGAAAUGGGUGACAAACAUCCUCUCGACUACGCAAGUGAGCCAGAAUGUCAUUCUACUGGCCCUUCUCUUCGUAUACCGGCUGAAGAAAUUCAAUCAUCGAGUCCGAGGAAAGAAGGGUAGCGAGUAUAGAUUGAUGACAAUUGCUCUUAUGCUGGGAAAUAAAUUUCUCGACGACAACACCUACACUAAUAAAACGUGGGCCGAGGUUUCUGGCAUUUCUGUGCAAGAAAUACAUGUUAUGGAGGUGGAGUUUCUCAGCAAUGUGCGGUACAAUCUCUUCGUUUCGGAGGAAGGGUGGACGCAGUGGCAUUCGAAACUUAGUCUUUUUGCCGACUUUUUCAACAAGGCGUCUUUGGUGCCGGAACCGAAGGAACUCGAGUCGUCAUCUCCAGCACUUCGUAUCUCGCCAAAUCUAGGAGCUUCUCAAGUGUCGCCCUCUCAAAGACUACCCUCUCCUCCCAAUUCGGAUGUUCUUCGUACUCAGAACUGGAGCUUGCCAUCAAAUGCACCAGCAUACGCAGCACCUUCCCACUUGGGCAAGGAAUUCCCGCCGAUGCCUUCCAAGAAGCGAACCCUAGACGACUACGUCGAAGACCAACCCUCGAAAAGAGUGGCAAUGCCGGCUGCUCUACCUACAUCGAUGUCGACGCUUCCAUCGGCUGCUUUGACCGGUGUGCCUACUUUGCCACCAGUCUUGACAGGAACAUCUGCGCCCUCUGCGAAUAGCUUAUCUGGAUCAAUGUCACGAUUGCCACGUCCGAACUUCCCACCAUCUUCUAGUGCCCUAGCUUCGGGCAUUCCAACAUCUGUGCUUCCCUUUCCCUCCGUUGCUAAUCGCGCAAUGCAUUCGGUCUACAAUCCUUCCACCAAUUGGGUCCCCCAGCUGCCACCAACACAGGUUCCCUCCAUUACAAAUGGACUGUACAACCCGUCGGUGUCACUCCCAGACCCUGCAAGGCAGCAUAAUAGUCCGUUUGGCGUCACCUCGGCCACUAUCUCUCCCGCCAUCUCUGCAUACUCGAGCCACACCCCCCAGACUAACUUGUCGCCUUCAUUUUUCCUUGCAAACCGCAACUCACCUUACCGACCUGUUCGCAAUUUCAACACCUUGUUGAUUCCUCCGCCGUCAUCCUCACUUCAACAACAGCGCGCAGUUCCUUUCGAGCAUAUGCAUUAUCAGCCACUCGGCAAAACUGCAGCAGAGCGCAAGACAGGCUUGCUGCCCUACCUUCAUCAUGAGGCUUGGCCGCAGGCACCUUUUCUUCAACCCACCUUCCAUUCAACUCCACACUAUUAA